UUUAACAGUUGUUGGUCGGUACGAAAGACGCUGACACACAUUAACGGAGCAGGAUCAGGAGGAGGAGGGGGUAACCACACCGCCCACCCCCCCGCCGGUGCUCUCCGUGACCACGGUGUGGAGGUUUGGAGGGCUCUUUUGUUCGGCCCCGGAAUGGCCGCUCCGCGCUGGUGUCCGAACCCAAAAGAUGCAACCUCUGCCAACCUCUUUGCCUGACCCUGUUUGGAUUCAGCCACGGAAGUGUUUGCAGUUCAGCCAAGCAUGAGGCUGUUGGCCUCCUCAUUUGAAUUGUGGCUCUGUCAGGCUCCUCUCUUCCUCAUGGAGUUUUAAUAGCCACAGAAAACCUGAGUGUUCUUGGAGAACAGACAGACACAUGGACACAUACACAGUUAUGUAUGAAAGCAUUGAGGUAUAGCAGCCCGUCUGCCAAUUUUUAGAGUUUUUUACUUGCAUAGUGAUUGAGAACAAGAGGGAGUGAAAGAGAGAGAGAGAGAGAGAGAGAGAGAGUGGGGUCCCAUGCUCCGUCGGGCCGAAGUACUUUCACCAUGAGCAGUGCUUUAGGCAAAGACAAAGACUGCAAGGAGAAGGAGGCCAAAGCUCCGUCUGGUAAGGAGCGGGAGAAGGAGCCGAAGACGCCUGGCAGCUUGGGCAAAGAGGGCAAGGAAUCCAAAACCAAAGGGAAAGAUGCCAAAGACGGGAAGAAAGACGCAAGCGGCGCGCCGCCGGCCGUGGCCUUCUCUGUGGACAACACGAUAAAACGGCCUAACCCGGCGCAGGGCAUCCGCAAGAAGUCCAGCAACGCUGAGGUGAUCAAGGAGCUCGGCAAGUGCCGGGAUGAGAACUCGACACGCCUGGACCUGUCCAAGCGCUCCAUCCACCUGCUGCCCUCGUCCAUCAAGGAGCUGACGCAGGUGACUGAGCUUUACCUGUACAGCAACAAGCUGCAGAGCCUGCCGGCCGAAGUGGGCUGCCUGUCGGGCCUGGUGACGCUCGCCUUGAGCGAGAACUCACUCACCAGUCUGCCCGACUCCCUGGACAACCUGAAGAAGCUGCGCAUGCUGGACCUGCGGCACAACAAGCUGCGGGAGAUCCCAGCCGUGGUGUACCGUGUCACUUCACUCACCACGCUCUACUUGCGCUUCAACCGCAUCACUGCCGUUGAGAAGGACAUCCGGAACCUGGCCAAGCUCACCAUGCUCAGCAUCCGCGAGAACAAGAUCAAGCAGCUGCCGGCUGAGAUUGGCGAACUGUGUAACCUGAUCACUCUGGACGUUGCCCACAAUCAGCUGGAGCAUCUCCCGAAGGAGAUCGGCAACUGCACACAGAUUACCAAUUUGGACUUACAGCACAACGAGCUUCUUGACCUACCUGAGACUAUAGGCAAUCUGUCGAGUAUAAACCGCCUGGGUCUGCGGUACAACAGGCUGUCGGCAAUCCCCCGAUCGUUAGCGAAGUGCCGGGAGCUGGAAGAGCUAAACCUAGAAAACAACAACAUCUCUGUGCUACCUGAGGGCCUGCUCUCGAGCCUGGUGAACCUGACGAGUCUGACGUUGGCGCGGAACUGUUUCCAGUCAUACCCGGUGGGCGGCCCGUCACAGUUCUCCACCAUCUACUCGCUUAACAUGGAGCACAACCGCAUUAAUAAGAUCCCUUUCGGCAUCUUCUCCCGUGCCAAGGUCCUCAGCAAGCUCAACAUGAAGGAUAACCAGCUGACGUCGUUGCCGCUGGACUUCGGCACGUGGACCAGCAUGGUGGAGCUGAAUCUGGCCACCAACCAGCUGACCAAGAUCCCUGAGGAUAUCUGCGGCCUUGCGUCCCUCGAGGUUCUCAUAUUGUCCAAUAACCUUCUGAAGAAGUUACCCCAUGGAAUUGGUAACUUGCGGAAGCUACGCGAGCUCGACUUAGAGGAGAACAAGCUGGAGUCCCUUCCGAACGAGAUCGCCUACCUUAAAGACCUACAGAAACUUGUGUUGACCAACAACCAGUUGACCACAUUGCCAAGAGGAAUCGGUCACCUGACCAACCUGACUCACCUGGGUCUGGGAGAGAACCUCCUGCAGCACCUACCUGAGGAGAUUGGAACACUGGAGAACCUGGAGGAGCUGUACCUGAACGACAACCCCAACCUGCACAGCCUGCCGUUCGAGCUGGCGCUGUGCAGCAAGCUGUCCAUUAUGAGCAUCGAGAACUGCCCCCUCAGCCACCUUCCGCCGCAGAUCGUCGCUGGAGGCCCUUCGUUCAUCAUCCAGUUUCUCAAGAUGCAGGGACCGUACCGCGCCAUGGUGUAGUCGGCCAGCCCUGCGGGGGCCAAGCACUGUACAAACGAACCGACAAAAAAAAAAAAAAGCGAAAGAAAAACAGAACGGCAGAAAAAUAUUCAAUGUUCAAUUCAAGAACAUCCUUGUCAUUUAUAGAUAUAUGUCAGAGAGACGACAAGGCAGAUUAUCGGAAACCGGAUCACUGAUCAUGCCAAUAGAUGAAUCAUAGCCAGUUUAGGAACCCUUUCCACCCAAUCACGUCUAGGAAAAAAGAAGAGGAAUGAUUACGUAGACUUCUGUUGCCAAACCUUGCGAUCUCUUAGGAGUACAGCUGCUGAAGCACUCUCUCUAUCUGAGCAUUUAAACCACAUUGCCAACUUUAUUCAGUCCGUGAGAAAAACAGUUGUAUGCAAAAAAACAACAAAAAAAAUUUUCAUUUCAUUUUUUGCUGCUGCUGCCAUAAUCGACUUUUUUUUUUAUUGUGUUCUCUUGAUAUUCCCUUAUUUUUUUCCGCCUUUUUAAAGACCAUCCCAUGCCGAAUGAUUUUUGUUUUUGUACAGAGGUUGUAUCUGUUGGGUGUUGGGUAUCUGAGAACAAGUGUAGUUGUUAAACCAUUCUCUCUUUUCCAUAUAUAUAUAUAUAUAUAUAUAUAUAUAUAUAUAUAUACACACACACAUAUAUAAUAUCUUGCUGUUGUCGAAACAAAAUCUCGCAUCUCCAAAAUGGCGACUUUACAGGAGAAGGAAAAAACAUACUUUACUUUUAAUGUAAGUCAAUGGAACCAGACGUCUUUCUAAGUAAUUCUAGGCCAUUUCUUCUGGUCCAUUCAUUAUAAAAUGUACACACAAUGUAAAUGGCAACAGGCACUUUCACAUUACGUCAAAAACUGAGAAACGACAAAAAUGGAGAUACGAGGUUUUGUUCCGACAGCAGCGAUACACACAUUGAAAUUGUGCCUAUCCAGCACGAUUUGCUGGUUCAUUUCUGAAAGUAAAUGUUCUUGAGGUGUUUCAUACAAAAAAAAACAAUGAUUUUACGAAAGUAUAAUUUAUUGAAUAAUUCCUUUAUAUAGCUUGUUUUGUAAUUAUUCUUUCAGAACUUUCACCUUUUUUCUUUAUUCUUUUUUUUUAUUAUUAUUAUUAUUUUUUAUUAAUUCCCAUCCACUAAUAGAUUGAACUAACUCGCUGACGGCUUUAUCUGCGUUGCGUCGAUGCGAUUUAUCGCAGCUUUUAAAUCCAAAACAUGUUACACGUUAAAGCAGACCAGUUUGGGAUCACGUUCCAGUUUGAUUAGUUGGAGUUUCAACUCCAGCGAUUUAAACGGUUUAAAACUUCGUCACAUAUUUUUGGCUGCAGGCGUAUUUAGGGUCCCACGGUUUAUGCUGCUUUUUCCGCCCCACCAUAUCUUCAGUGUUUGCGUUCCAGAUCGCAGUACGUAUAGUGUAGUGUUAUAUAUGGUCGCGUGAGAAAGUUUGCACACCCACGUGAAACGACGUUUUGUUCAUUUUUGUGAAAAAGUGAAAAUCACCUCUAAACCUGAUGUUUUGUCUGUGAAUUUUGGUGCGCAAUUUCUGUUGAUCAGCCAAAAACAGAAAACAUAAAAUGUAAUAUGUGCCUUAACAUUUGCACACGUGACAUCUUAUGUUAACUACGGCAUAUAAACAGCAAUUGUGCACUAAAAUGCGCAAGAGUGCGUUGUUUAUUAUAAAACGUGAACUUAUUUUCAUUUAGAAAAGCAACAAAACUGCGGUUUUGUCUGGGCGCACAAACUUUUUCACACAACGAUACUGCAUACUAUACUGAUGGUGGUUUACUGUUGUCAUGCUGUUCAGUACGCUAAUACUUGUUCUUGCUGUUCUACCCUAGGUAGGACGGAAGUGCGCCUAUUGGAACGCAGCCCUGUGUCUGUAGCGAGGCCACAGCAGGCUUUCUAUUAUUAUCUAUUUUUUCUUCUGGUUUCGUUUCUUUCUGCUUCCUCUUCAUGCCGACACUCUCCUUUUCUUUAUUCUCACGUUCUCUUGGCCUCGUCCGACGCUGCCUCUCGACGCCAUCACUUUUUUUAUUUUUUUAAUGCACUUUGUAAGCGAUAUCCGGCGUCGUCCUUGACUUUUAAAAGGCCGCGUUCCGAUUUGAACGUUUGGAUGGGGGCAUUUUUAAUCCUGUAGUGAAGUAUUUUAUGCUUUAUUUGAUCAGUCUAUCAUGUAUGGUUUAUAUGUUUGAACGAAUACGAGUUUGCCUCAGCAGAUUUAACGAAAAAAGAAAUCUGUCAACAGCCGAAUUUCUUGGUUUCUGAGGCUUUUAUGCUAUCAACUCUUUAUUAAAUAUUUUGAUUUAAGCUGUA